AUGUGCAUGAAGGCUCAGUGCUCCACCUGCAACAAGGUGUCUUGGUGGGGUUGUGGCGCCCACAUCCCGUCCGUUAUGGACUCAGUGCCUGAGAGCGAGUGGUGCGCCUGCACUCCUCAGGUCGAGAAGGAUGGGAAGAAGUACCCUCCUAAGGCCGCUCGGUCUUGA